ACCGAGGGCCUUGCAUUGGCCGCAGGCUUUACAUCCCCUGCCAAUCUUGGUGAUGACGGUGAUAGCUCACCACAUCUCUACCGAUUUGCAGCCCCCUGGUCGACCCCACAUUUCUCACUACCCCAAGACUCAACAAACUAUUCUUAUUCUGCUACCCUUCCAGGGUUUUCCAGUUUCGAUACUUCUUCUAAGGUCUCUACUUCACCGGGUGUUCACCCUAACCUUGUCGAAUCAUCUUCAGAACUUUUGAAUGUUUUUAGGUCAGGGGCUUUAGAGACAUCACUUAACUCUGGUGGUUGGCGCUCCAUGCCAGAUUCUAGCAUCUGGUUUGCCUGCUCAGUCACUUUUCACCAAGUGUCCAGUUUGGGGCAGCGCCACUUCUAUGUCAUAUUCUCUGAAGAGGACAUUGUUGGCCGACAGACUCCCAUUGAUCGCGAGGUAUGUUAG